GCGUUUACUACAGCGUUUACAGCCGUGACAAUAACAAGCUUUACUUGAAUAGAGGACUUAUUUGCUGACUUACCGCGGGAUUUGUUCUUUAAUCCCUAUUUAGAUUGGGAUGUAAGGACGUACCUUUACUUUUAGGUCAGAAGAACAGGGUUCCACGAGGCCAACUUUAGAGCCAAACGGAGAAGUGCGUGGUUUGCAAACUGAACAAAACGCCAACUUGAGGGAAACAGCUGCGCAAAGAGUGAAUUAGAAUAAACAGUUACUACAUGGCAGAAGAAGGGCCACCAAACCAGAUGGAUAUCUACCAGCAAGCACAGGACCUAGUACCCAAGAAGGUGAAGCGUGCCUGCGACAUUCGGUAUGAAGUCCUGAUCAAGCUGGGGAACAUCCUGGACCCUCCUCAUCCAGAGGGCAAUGACUGGAGGGUCAUGGCCUCCAAACUGGGCCUGCCAAACUCCAUGAUCGACAUUGUAGCCUGCAAGGAGACAGAGAGAACCGUGACAGUGCUGCGAAAAGCAACGCACGUGACGACAAGACAACUGGUGCAGGCACUGUACGACAUGGGACAGAGAGAUGCUUUACAGUUGUUGGUUGACUUUUAUUCUUCAACAACAUGUGAAGAUCGUGAAGAGGAUCCAAGGGGCCAGCCAUUGAGAACCCACUCGAGCUCGAUGGAUGAACCGAUGGAGUCAGACGAACGCUACCCAGUACAGGUGCGACCAGACAGGGCACUGUCGGAGCCCGUAUACAGCGGAUACACGGGAGAUGCGAGCUAUCACCGACCAGAACAGGAGUCCGAGAAGGGAAGAAAUGGAGUCACCAGUGGACCAUCUUCCCCUUCAUUUUCUUCUACAUCUUUGGCGUCAUUUCCAUGGUUCAACCGAAGUUCAACAGAGGACCAAAUAGAGGAGGACUUCUUCUGUGAGGAGUCCAAGCAGUUUUGGUACGCUGUGAAACUGCGUAAAGGCAGUUUCACAGAGGUUAAGAUCUAUUACCACUUUGUGACAGCGAUGAAGAGUGCGUUCCCAAACGACCCCCUCGCCACCCAGCUCAAGAACAACAGAGUCCUCAAACUCAUCAAACAUGUCUUUGGGAUAAAAGGCGACAGACAUGAUGAAGUUCAGGUGGGCAAGUUUGUCCACCUUCUGGGCUGGUUCGGACCCUUCAAGGCAGAUGCACAGGGACACUGUGUAUGUCUGGCACAGGGAAACCCCCCAGCCGCUGCCUCUUCGGUGCCGUUUGACGCGUGUCUGGAGUUCGUGCCAGACCACGACUCGGCUAAGACGUACCCGGACCUCGUGACGCUGGUGAACAAGCGACUGAAAAGCGGGAACCCUGUGUACGGAGACGUGUUCUGUGUCCGACCGUGCCCUGACUUGCCUCUGAACGUAACCUUUACUGGUUACGAGGAAAAUAGCUACAGACAGCAUUUAAGCCAUGAGAAUAUUGUAGCAUUCCGCGGCACAGGUCGGCUAUCGGAAGACGUCCCCCAGUUCGACCUAAAAGAGGGGAACCAAUUCAUUGUGAUGGAGUAUCUCCCCGACAGCCUGCUGGAUUACGUGGAACGGCGUAAGACUCCGGAACGACAAGGUCUGACCGCGAACAUCGUGUGGAAACUGGGCAGCCAGAUCGCGCAUGCGCUACACUACCUGCACACACUGCCCGACCCCAUCGCUCACAGGGACCUCAAACCUGAUAAUGUGCUGUUGGACCCAGGGUCGUUGAGCAUGCGUGUGAAACUUGCCGACUUCGGACUGGCCUGUCACAGCUACGAGCUGCACAACAGGAGGGACGAGUUUGCCCAGAUCAGAUGGAGAGCGCCAGAGCUGCAGCAGUAUGGGAAAGGUGCCACUACAGGUGCACAGGCAGCAGCUGAUGGUGAUGAGGACGAUUGGUCAGACUCAGAUGACCUCGACUUGGGAGAAGACCCACCCGUAACAGACAAAGUCCAGCAGGUCGAGAAAGAUGAAACGUCACCUUCCAUAGAUGUGUUCAUGCGCGCUGACAUGUUCUCCUAUGGCCUGGUGUUGGGUUACCUCAUCACUGGAGAAAAGCCUUACGACAAGCAUGGAACCUACACGCUACAGAAAGAUCCAGACACCACAACCCAGGCGCCGCAGAAAGUCGUUCCCCACCCUUCCCUAACAGGACCUCUGCCAAAGAUCAUCAAAAGCUGCUACGACGAUGAGCCGACUGCACGACCAACUUCUGAAGACGUAGUUACUCAGUAUUUCAGUGUUGAUGACAACCCGUACGAAUCCGAGGCGUUGAAAGCAGUGUUCUUCUCCUGUGGAUUUCUGCAAGACACCAAGAUCUUUGUGGCAGAUUCUCUGGUUGGGGAGUCUACCGAAGGAUUCCGAUAUGAUGGCAUCAGACCGCAGGGGUACCCGAAGGAAUGUCUGGAGUGUUACGUGGAGGUGAAGGAAGAACCUAACCAUGAUGUACCAGACGACUGGGAAGAUCUACAGUAUGACUACACAGAACAUUACUUGAGGUUCAAGUCUGAUGCAGACCAGAAGAUAAUUGACGACAACCCAAGUGUGGCACUGAAGCAGCUGGUGACAGACAGGGCUGGGCCAGAGGAGGAACAGAAACUCGAACUCAAGUUUGUGCAGAGUACAUACUGCCACUAUCGCGCCAUGAGAGAGAUCUGGAGGAGCUUCCAGGAGCCAGAACAGCUAGAGUUAAUACCAUGUAAGAGCGUCGUCCAUCCUCACUACAGCACGUCCUUCGGCUUACAUGUGGCCAUCCUGACCAACGAGGGGCCGGACAACCCGCAGAAGUUCAUCUUUGCAAGGAGAUCAAAGCGAGAAGGCAUGCAUAGUCCAGGAAUGUUCACGUGCGGUGCCGUGGAGAGUUGUUCUGUGAAGGACUACAUCGUGAAGGAGAACGGCGACACGUAUGUGUCCCUGCUGAAGACAGCCACCAGGGGACUGGAUGAAGAACUUCGUGUCGACCUACGGGACAGUGACCCCGAGGCUCUGGUUCUCAACACCGUGUACCUGAAGUUUGACAACCACGAGUGGGGACUGUGUGGCUACGUCGACCUGACCGACCCUCGCAUCUCUAAAGGGGCCCAGCUGAGCUUCGACCAACUCCGCGGUCGCUUCACGACCGGCCCGAAGGACAAAUUUGAACACGAGGAAGUCGUAGCAGUGGACUUUAAACUCGUUCCGAUGGUGGAAUUCGUGAGGCAGAACUAUCAAGAUUUCACCAGCUCGGCAAAACUUGUUGUAGUGAAGGUUAUGCAGGCAUUCUUUGGUGUAGCUGCGACGGAACAUGCGUUUAAAGCUCACGCACUACCACCAAGCUAGCUAUAGGCAACAUGGAGACGUCUAAUAUUGUUCAAUUCUCAGUUCAGUUGCUCUUCUUCCAACAAGAAAUUGACCUCUGCGAGAUAUUUAGAGAUAGCAAAUAGCAAUGAGAGUGCUAUAUGCUGCACCUUUAACAUAAACUUCAUUAUGCAACAAUUGUACUAUAUUUCUUCUCUUCAUGUCUAGAUGAAAAUAGUUUUUGUGUUCCUGUCAAUUAAAACAUUGAUUUCAAAUGUUACACAUGCUUCUUUCGUACAUCAUACUGGCAAAAUAACGGACAUACAUAAUUUGGAACAUAAUUUGGGAAUUUUAUUCAAUUAAAUGCUUUCUGUAAACAUUAGAUCCUAAUCAUUCCAAGGAAUGUGUUUAUCAAAGUUGAAUCUGCUUAUAAAACUCCCACAAAUAGUCACAACGCCCCCUAUCAAUUUAAGUAAAAACUACAGCUUUUGUAUUAGAUUUCCUCCAAUGGUACUGCAGGACUUGUUGACAUUUAUUUGGUUUUCUUCUUCAUCUUGUCUUGUAGCAUAACAUAGCCAAAGAAG